AUGUCUGAUGCCUCUUCUUAUAUCAAUCAUGCAGCUAACGUAACUAACAGCACUCUUGGUGUUGUAAAAGUGUUUUCAAGUUCUGCUGCUGUUGUUGCUGACGCUAUUGUACCAUUCGUUCCUUUAAUAACUGAAAUAUCAAGUAUAGUUAAUGAAAUAAUUACUCUUUAUCAAACUGCUGAGCAUAAUAAACGCAUCUGUGGUUCACUUCUUUCUCGUGCAACAGCUGCUCAAACUGCUGUAACUAAUUUAGAAAUUCGUAGACUUGAAAAUGAAGAUUUAUUUAAAUCAAAAGAAUAUUAUAAAAAUUUUCAAAAACUUGUUAAUGUUAUUAGUAAAAUUAAAAUUUUUAUUGAAGAAGUCUCUCAACUUAAAGGUUUAAGAAGAUUUUUGGCUUCUAAAUCUAUUGAAGAUGAAUUUAAAUAUUUAACUGAUGAAUUUGAUGGAUUAAUGCGUUUAUUGAAUUUUACAAUGGCUUACCUUAGAGAAAUUGAAGGUGGUAUCACCAAUAUCACCGAUAAUAUAACUCAAAUUAAUUCAAAAUUAGAUGAUAUUACUCAAUUAAAUUUAGCUUGGCAAAAGAAAUUGUUAAACAAUGACGAAAGUAUUUUUGAAUCUGCUUUGAUUAAGAUGACUGAUUUAUAUGAUCCUCCUAAUCCAGUAAAACGUGGAAAAGUUUCAAAAAAAUCUUUAACUUACGAAGAUGUGGCUGUUAAAGAAAAAUUCUUGGAAUCUAAUGAUCAAGAUCUUAUUAAUGAUAUUCUUAGUCAAGUUGUUAUCUUGAAAAAAUUAAAAGAAUCUCAACAUAUUCUUCAAUUUUUUGGUAUUAUUCAAGAUGACAUAUUAGAAAUUCGAAAUCUUGUAUUGGUACAAAAAAUUCGUCCGUCUUUUAGUAUCGGUGUUCCAACUGAAUAUUCUAAAAUCUCCUAUCAAUCAAUGCAAGAUAGUCCAAAUGCUCGUCCUGCUCUCAAAAAUGUUUUUAUGACUCUUUACAGUCUUUAUCAAACAUUUCAACCUAAAUCAUCUCCACGUCCUGUUACACCUCGUAUGCUUACGGACGAAGAUUUACCCGAUAUGGAUCCAAAUGAACUUUCUUUGGAUGAUUUAACUUUUGAUGUAUUGAGUAUGAAAGAAGCCAUUGCAGAGCAUAGGAAAAGAAAUGGUGAUAAGUUAAAAGUAUGGGAAGCAUUUAAAGUGCAUGCUGAAGACUUUGGUGAUAUUACUGCGAGAUAUUGGGUAGGAUACUAUCUUUAUUAUAGACUUUGUCCAAUAGAUGAACCUGAUAACGAAGUUAAGAAAAAUGAACGUUUAGUAAAAGCUGCAGCAUUAUUUAAAGAAGCAGCAGAUACAGGAUUAGCUGAUGCUCAGUUACGUUACGGACAUUGUUUAUGGUCAGGAGAAGGUGUUCAAAAGAAUAUAAGAGAAGCAAUUGAAUAUUUUCAAAAGUCAGCAGAUAACGGUAAUACUACUGCAUUGUAUAAUAUUGGUAACCUAUAUUAUAAUGGUUCAGGAGUUCCUCAGGAUAAGGAACUAGGGAUUAUAUAUUUAAGAAAAGCUGCUCUGCAAGGACAGCCUAAAGCAUUAGAGAUGUGUAAAAGGAAAGAAAUUGGAUUG